AAUUCUCAUUCUAACAUUUUAUCAUUCAUCAGUAUCUCUUCUAUCUCAUCACCUUCUAAGCUAAGUUUCAAACUUCGAUGGCGAGGAGGCGCGGAAAUCAAAGUCCGGCCUGGCGUCAGCUCCUUUGCCUCGCUCUCAAUAAUCUCAAGUCUCUCUUCACCGACGACCACAAUAACGACCACUACGUGCUGCAUUACUACAAUGAGCACGAACUUAGCUUCGAUGAAACCCCAAACUUUCGAUCCAAGAAGAAGUAUCGCCGACCAACCUUUCCAUGCAUUGAUCCUCCUGUUGCCGAUUUCGAUGACGAAGAAGAUGAUGACGCAGAUGGUGAGUACUUCAGUCAGUUGAAAGAGGAAAGCAAGAGCAACGACGAAGGCGAAGGAGAGAAAGGGAUUGAUGUUAAGGCUGAGGAGUUUAUAUCGAGGUUCUAUGAUGACAUGAAGCUUCAGAGAGAGCUCUCUUGCUUACGUUACAACGAGAUGCUCUAUAGAGGAAUGAGUUGAUUCGGGAAAUACAGGGAAUUAAGAGAGAAUAACUAGUACAAAUUCGUAGUUUUUUCUCUCUCUUAUUUCUUUAUUCUUUAUUAUUUUUAUGUAUU